AGUUAGCACAAGAACGGUGAUUCGAAGAGAGCUGGUUGGCUCCCGGCAACAGGUGCAGAGCGCUGGUCGUUUGGAAGCCACUACCUGCCAGAGGGGUGAGGUAUGCAAGCCGGCCGUGUCGCAGUCUAACAGCAGAGGCAGGGAGGGAUGUGACGCUCGGCAGGCGCAGGUCCUCUGUCGGGAACAGAAGCUUUCCCUUCCUCCUCCACCUCCGUUCCGUGGACAAUGGGACAAACCCGGAACUCUGGCCCGAGAGCUAUUCAGGCGUGCAAAGCGUUGCUCCUCUCUUUCUCGUAGCAGCGGCGAGAACGCGGCGAAGUUGCCGCGUUCGAGGCACCGGAGAAGGCGCCCAAUGGAGCUCGCGGAGAUCAACUUGGCCGACGACAGGGAGGGCGCUGGAGCAGAACCACGCAGCUGCCCUGCGGAGCCGCCUGUUCGGGGCAGGGUAAGCAGCCACGCGGGCAGCCUGGUGGAGGACGAAGAGGCGGAGGAGGAUCUCGGCCGGAGCAGAAGAGCCAGCCGCGCCUCCUCUCUGGUGAGUGGCCUGCUAACCGAGCUCUACAGCGUGGCGCGCGUUCGCCACCGCGACAGCGUAGACAGUUCCACAGACGCGUCCGCCGGCUCCGACGCCUUUCCCGGCGGGAGAGGCAGCAGCGCCGAGUCCCGCGUCCUGCAAGAGCUGCGGCGGAACUCGGGUCAGCGGCACCAGAGGAAGUACCUGGCUCGGAAAGAUAUUAGUGAAUUGACAACUGUAAUACGGGAGUUGAAUUAUAGAGUUUGUGUUCAGUCAGCAAAACUGCUUCGCCUUCUGAAACAAAAGGACAGACUUUUACAUAAAGUGCAGAAGAACUGUGAUAUUGUAACAGCCUGUUUGCAGGCAGUUUCCCCCAAAAGGCGGGUGGACACAAAGUUGAAGUUUACACUUGAGCCAUCAUUAGGUCAGAAUGGUUUUCAACAGUGGCAUGAUGCUCUCAAAGCAGUGGCUAGGCUGUCAACAGGAAUUCCAAAAGAGUGGAGAAGAAAGGUUUGGCUCACCUUGGCAGAUCACUAUUUAAAGAGUAUAGCAAUUGACUGGGAUAAAACCAUGCGUUUCACUUUCAAUGACCGAAGUAAUCCUGAUGAUGAUUCCAUGGGUAUUCAGAUUGUAAAGGAUCUUCAUCGAACUGGGUGCAGUUCUUAUUGUGGCCAAGAGGCAGAACAAGACAGAGUGGUAUUGAAAAGAGUGUUAUUGGCUUAUGCCAGAUGGAACAAAUCUGUAGGAUAUUGUCAAGGUUUUAAUAUCCUUGCCGCUCUCAUCCUGGAAGUAAUGGAGGGCAAUGAGGGAGAUGCCUUAAAAAUAAUGAUUUAUUUAAUUGAUAAAGUGCUUCCUGAUAGCUAUUUUGUCAAUAAUCUUAAAGCACUGUCUGUUGACAUGGCAGUGUUCCGAGACCUUCUAAGAAUGAAACUUCCUGAAUUGUCCCAGCAUCUGGAUACUCUCCAAAGAGCUGCCAACAAGGAAAGUGGAGGUGGGUAUGAACCCCCACUUACAAAUGUCUUCACUAUGCAGUGGUUCCUGACGCUAUUUGCUACAUGCCUUCCUAACCACACAGUUUUAAAAAUUUGGGAUUCUGUAUUCUUUGAUGGGUCAGAAAUUAUACUGAGAGUAGCAUUGGCUAUUUGGGCAAAACUAGAAGAGCAGAUAAAUUCUUGUGAAACUGCUGAUGACUUCUAUGGCACCAUGGGAAAAUUAACACAGGAGAUGCUGGAAGAUAAACUCAUUGAUAGCAAUGAACUCAUGCAGAUGGUUUAUUCUAUGGCCCAGUUCCCCUUUCCUCAACUAUCUGAAUUAAGGGAGAAAUAUACGUACAAUAUUACACCAUUUCCCGCCUCGGUAAAAUCACCUGCAAGCCAACUGGGAAAAAUAAAAGACAGUGAUGAAGAGAAUGAAAUAGACGAUGAAGACUCAAUAGCAAAUGUUAUUGGAUGUCUUGGACCAUUUGGUGGAUUUUUGGCUCCAGAACUACAGAAGUAUCAAAAGCAUUUCAAAGAUCAUAACCCAGAGCAGAGUUUAGGCUCGAGUAACAUUGCAGAACUAAGCCCCGGAGCAGUGAAUGCCUGCCGAAGUGAAUACCAUGCGGCUUUUAACAGUAUGAUGAUGGAACGUAUGACCACAGACAUCAAUGCACUGAAAAAGCAGUAUUCUCGGAUAAAAAAGAAGCAGCAACAGCAAGUUCAUCAGGUGUACAUCACCGCAGGGUAUGAAGAUGAUGACCUUGGGAUAGUAUUAGAUCCCAGGGACCAGCUGAAUAAUGAUAAAGGUCCAGUUACCAGUCUUCUGCCUUCUCAGGUAAAUCAUUCUCCAGUGAUCAACCAUCUUCUGCUUGGUAAGAAGAGCAAACAGACCAGCAAGUCUGCCAAAAAUAAUGUUCCAAGCCACACUGGGGGAAAGAUGGUACCAGGCCCCCAUGAAGAUAGUAAAGCAAAGCUAAACUCUCCGUGGCGCACUCACAUGAGAGUACACCGAAAGAACAUAGCGAGAGCCAAAGGCCAGCUGGGCUAUGGAGAUACUAUAGGACUAAUAGAGGAGCAUAGUGAACAUGGGAAACCUAACAGUGUUAAUGCAAAAGAAGAAACUGCAAACAAAUCUAGAUCUAUGGAAAGUGAUGGGAACAUUUCAACUGAUGGACAGUCUCCUGAAUCAGCUUACAAAGAUACCAAUACCAGUGUCAAUGUAUCAGUGGUCCAGCAGAAGCUGAAAACAUUGGAACUCACAGAGAAUGGUACAGAUGGUACUGAAGAUGAAACACAUACUUCUGAGUUGCCAAGUUUGGCCAGUGACAGUGGAACAACGGCAAAAUCCUGCACUCCUAAGUCACAAGUCUUUUGUCCUUUCCCUAGUGUCAAGCCACUCAGAAAAUCAGCCGCAGCCAGAAAUCUAGGAUUGUAUGGCCCAAAUGAAAGGACCCCGACUGUACACUUCCCACAAAUGAGUAGGAGCUUUAAUAAGCCUACCAGUGGUAACAGCGGGUCUAAAAAACGAUGAUAUGUAAACAACUGGCACUUCCUUAUUAUAAUUGUUACAGCUACCAUUAUUUUAGGUUGUAUUAUGCUUUAUGCUUCCAAAGGGAUUCUAAAUAAUUUAACUCUUUCAUUGAAAUAAUUAAGAUAAACAACUUAUGUAUAAA